GUGCCUCAUCUCCCGAUGAUAGAGUAAUCUUGCGGCUCAGUACGUCGGUGAGGUACGAGAUGCGCAAUUGCCAAUUGCUAUCCUCUACUUUUCAGAGUCGAAAGUGACCAUGGGCGUGACGUAUCACAACCUGUACGGUGGUCCUACUAAAGCACCAAGUUCGGCAACGAGCUCGUCCUUCGCUGUCGCCGAUGCUGCUCACGGUCCCCGCAGCCAUGAGACCACAGGUCCAUGCCAUCUGUACAGUCUUCCCAACGAACUCAUCCUUCACGUGCUGUCUCAAUUCAGCACAUCCCAGCUUCUCCCUCUAGCGGGGGUAUCGCACCGCAUGCACGCGCUCGUCGCGCGGCUGUUCCACGCCCGGCUCUUGCAAGCGACGCGGUUCCCCCAAGGCGGCCUGAUUCUUGAAUGCUACCCGCCAAGCCAGAAGCUGACGGCGCCGGCGCUGGACUGCGCGUACACAGGAACGCCGGGCAUCGAGGGCUGCCUUGACGACGAUGCCGCCAGCGCCGUUGGCAAGCUCGCCGCCCUGCGCGACGUCUACUCGCGCUUCCGCCCGCGAAGGAGAGAGUCGCGCCGCUUUGGCACAACCGUGCCGGGUGACAUCCCCGGCUCGAGGACGCACGCGGCGAGCGCGAACCUGGGCGCGGAGUCGGCGCACGCGCGGCGCCAGGCGCAGCGCGAAGAAGACAAGGUGAAGCAGAUCCUGAGCCUCGAAGGCCACGAACGGUUCAUCCAGCUGGAGGGCAACCUGCACCUGGUCAGGCGGCUGGGCUUCGUCCAGAACCUCGUGGCCGUGCACGAGGGCUACGUGCGCAUCUGGCGGGACUGGCUGGGCCAGCGGGCGACGGCCGACGCCAUUGCCCAGCUGGGCGAGGGCGACGUCGUCGAACUCCCGGAAUUGGACGGCUCAUCCUGUUGCGCGGGCCCGGUGUCGGUCGACGGUACCUCGAGCGAGGACUUGCGCGAGCACGAGGGCAUCCUGUGGCUGGAGAGGACAAAGAACGUCGGCCUGCGCGUCAAGGUCCAGGAGAAGAAGUGGCGGAGGCACAUGCCCAUCCUCGUGCAUGCCGACGACGAGGUUGCGGUCUCGUACGAGGUUGUCUACGAAGGUACGUCUCUCCUCCCUCCACCCCCGGGCCGCCGACCGCGUUCGCUGAGAUCCUGCUCCCCGGUAAUAGAACUCUUCGUUCGCACGGCUCAUCUCGUCUUGACGCUGGAGAGAAGCGCACAGCAAGAAGACAUGAACUCCGGCAAGGUCGUCGUCUUUGGCUCCUUUCGAUGAGCGACGGAUCGUUGCCUGUUUCACGAAUGAUGUGCUAAAAGGGCAAAGACUCUGUACAUGCAGAAAUGGUUUCACCGUGCAGCUCAAGCUUGUGAUUUUCUUUUUUUUAAAGGCGCAUUUUGGGUAUGUUGAAAGGGCAGCAUGGGCUCAAUAUAGAAACUUCUCUCAGAUUGUAAUGUCGCAUUUCACUUCAGUUUUUUUUUUAUUAUGCUAUUUGUUCUUUGAUUUAUAAUUUUUAAAUUUUUCUUUUUUUUUUCAAAUAUGCUUUAUUCUCCGCAAUGUAGCAAUGUGAUUUAAAAUACAUCACGUAGGACGGCACAUUGUGUCUGGCAACACGU